AUGAGUUAUGUACAAAUAAUUGGAUGGAAUGAGUUCAUAGUUCCUCCAUCAUUACAAAUAUUCUCUGAAGGUUGUUAUUUUAUUUUUAAUUGCGGUGAAAACUCUCAAAGGUUUAGAUUAUCGAAUAAACUUGGUCUUGGUAAAAUUCGUUAUAUAUUUUUAACGAAUUUAAGUGUUAGUUCCUUUAAUGGUUUACCAAGUUUAAUAUUAUCACUUGAUGGUUGUAAUACUGAACAUGUUACAGUUUUCGGUCCUCCUCCAAUCAGAUCAUUACUCACUAAUCUUCUAAACACUUUCUUAGAACUAAAAAUAAAAGUAACAAUAAUUGAAGUGGAUAAUGAUAAUGAAUUAUGUAAACUUUUAAAGUGUAAUUCAUUAACAAUUUUCGGGUUUUUACAUCCAUACAAUGACUUGAAUAAUAAAUUUAUAAUUGAACCUAUACACAAAACUUUUGUCGGUUAUUUAAUAAAAUUUGAUACUACUCCAGGCACAUUUAAUCCUAAUUCACCACAACUACUCAAUGUUGUGAAAAGUGAUUAUGGGAAAUUAAAGAGUGGUAUUGAUUUGAUAUUGGAAGAUGGUACAAUUGUAAAAUCCUGUGAAGUAUGUGAUCCACCAAUUGAUGGAAAUGAAUUAUUAAUCCUAACUCAUCCAAUUAAUUUACCAGAAUUUAUUACCAAUUCUACUCUGUAUACUUUUUAUCUCAUUACAAAUUCUAUACAUAAUUCUAAUACUAUACUUACUAACACUAUACUUACUAACAGUAGUAUGAGUAGUAAUAGUAGUAUGAGUAGUAGGAGUAAUAGUAAGAAUAUGAGUACUAACAAUAGUAUGAGUAGAAGUAUUAGUAGUGAUAAUAUGAGUAAUAAAUUAAUAUAUUGUAAUUGUAAUUUGGAUGAAUCCUUUAUACCAUCAAUACCAUAUUUUCAACGUAAUUCCUUACAUUAUCAAUUAUUUCCAUCAAUUUUUCCAAAUCUUAAAGAAAAAUUUAAUGGGUCAAGAAUUGGUGAUGUUGGACCAUUAACAAAGUUCAUUGUACAUCCUCCCAAACAAGUUAAAAUUGAUAUAUCAGAAAUAUUACCAACAAAUUUUCAAGAUCCCAUUGAUGGGAUAGGUGGAGUAGACGGAUUAGGUGGAAUAGAUCCGGUUGAAUUAGAUUCUGUUGAAUUUGAUGAAUUAGAUGGAAUAGAUUCUGUUGAAUUAGAUGAAUAUCCGAAAUUAUUAUUUCUUGGAACUGGUUGUUCAGUUCCAUCAGUUUAUCGUAAUGUUUCAUCAAUUCUAUUACAACUCCAUAAAAAUUAUUCUAUAUUAAUGGAUUGUGGAGAAGGAACAUUAUUACAAAUAUAUUAUAUAUCAAAUUCAUUUACUGAUUUUAUUAAUAAAUUAUUAUCAAUAAGAAUAAUUUUUAUAUCACAUAAUCAUGCUGAUCAUCAUUUGGGAUUAUAUCAAUUAAUAUCAUUACAUAAUAAAUAUAAUUCUAAUUAUUGGAAACCAAUUAUUAUAUCAACACAACAUAUUCAAUAUUGGUUAAAAGAAUAUGAGAAUAUAAGUAAAUUGAAAUAUGAAUCAAUUAUAUUAACGGAAGAAACUCAUAUUUAUUAUACAAUUUAUAAUAAACCACUCAAUAUAAUUUUAUUCCCCGUAGAACAUAUAAUUGAUUCAUAUGGUAUAAAGAUAAUUUAUGAAGAAUUGGGAAGUUUAGUAUAUUCUGGUGAUACAAGACCAUGUGAUAAUUUGAUAAAAUGGUCUAAAAAUACAAAUAUUCUAAUACAUGAAGGAAUUAAAUGUAAAAUUGAAAAUGUUAGUGAUCUUGAAUUUAAUCUUAUAAUUGCAAUGGAUUUAAUGAAAAUUCCAAUCAAAUCAUUACAAAAACUUAAAAAACCAUUACAAACAUUCAAUCAAAAAUUAUAUAAUAUACUAAAUAAAUAUUAUAUUUACUAUAUAAUUUGUAUAUUUAGAGGUUUUAUUAAUGUAAAUGAGUCUUAG